UACAAACAAUCAACAACAAUUAUUUAAUUAACCAUUCAUUAAUCAUAAUUAAUUCCGGGUGGCUCGAAAUGGAUCAACAUGGAUCAACAUUAGAGUGGCAACAAAGUCAGCUUUAAGCCCUUCAGCUAUAACGGAAUCUUUUUGCUUGCAACUUACACUAAUCAUCAAUUUAAUUAUCAUCAAAUAUAUACGUUUAAUUAUUAUUAAAUGACCAUUCAAUUAACAGCCUACCUAAUCAAUCAGUGGCUUCAAUCAGUUGAUCACAAAUGACUUUAACAGGAGCUUUAGUGAGAUGAGUAGUUUCACCUAACCUGAUACUGUGUAAGUGAAGUUAACACUUGUCUUAGGCCUGACUAUUGAAGCCAUUGAUGAGUGAAUAAAAAAAUAGUCUUUCAAUGUAAAUCUCUGGUGGGAUUUGUUGGAUAUUGUUGGGUUAGAUUGGAUGAGAUGAUGAUAUGGGUGAGAGUGAUGAUAAUGAUGAUGAUAAAUUGAUUUUGUUUUACAAUCAAAUCAAUGGAAGAAGCAAAUAAUUUAAAAAGAAACACCAAUUUAGCUUAUGGUUGUCAUCAAUCACCUAACUUAUACUCAAUGUUAUUGGGAAAACACUUUGUCUUUGACAAGCUUAACAUUUACAAGAGUCUCUUUCAAGGCAAAUAAUAAAAGUGAAGACAAACUUUGAUUCUUGAUAACUAUUACAAUCAUCAUCCUCAUCUUGAUCAUCAUAUUAUAAUAAUAAUGAUAGUAAUAAUAAUAAUAUUAAAAGGGUAAAAGAUGAUAAAGGAUAAAGAAGGAUGUUGAUGGUGUCUUGUUAGUAAUUGACAUUACUCUUCCCUAAAUUGUUACAAUCAAUCUUUACUCGAUUACUCUUUUUGUCUCUGUCUUGUUUCGCAUUUCAAUAAUAUUGAUUUGCCUUGAAACUGAAUAUCUUUUAACAUUAACAUGCUUUUCUAAUGGAAAUUAUCAUCAUUUUCAGAUUUCUCUUCCAUUCACCAUUGCUUUUUGGGAUAACAGCAAGAUUAAAUUAUCUUCAGGAUCACUUGUCAUUCAUUUAAACUGAUUGUUUCAUUGAUCCAAUUAAUCAAUUUACAAUAUCAAUAACCAUUAAGAUUAACAUUGCAACAAAAUAAAACAAAGAAAAGCUGUAAAAUGUUUUACAUUUGAUGAAAUAAUUUCAAACAUAUCAAUCAAUAUGUAAUGAAACGAUCAUUUGAUUCAUUUGAAACUGAAAUUGCAUGAUAAUUGAAUGUUUCAUUAGGAAUGAAGUUUAAAAAUUAAUGUUAACAUUGAGUUGAGAUUGAACUUUAAACAUUGUAACAAGACUGUUGUAAGGCUAGAUGAAGAUAAGAGUGAAAAUGUUGAAGAGAUUCUGAAUGUUAUCCUGAAUGUUAUCCUGAUGCUGGGAGUGAUUUUGUUGACUUAUGAUUGGAUAAGAUUGCUGUCUGUGGGAGGGAGGAAAGGUGGAGCUGGAACUGUACUAUAAUUUGAUUAAAAUGUAUUGAGAUUGAACUAUAAUAAAAAAGGUUAUCCUUGAUUCAGUUGUAAUCAUUUGUAUUCAAUCAGUUCUCAAUGAAACAUGUUAUCAUGGUAAAUAAUGUCAACAAGACGAAACCAGAAGCAAAAGUGCAAAAAAAGUGUUCAAUAAAAUAGAGUAAAAAUGAAAAUCCAAAUAAAUGUUGAACUUUUAUCCGUUUAACAAUUAAUGCAAGAUAAUUUAGUUUAACAUUUUGUUCAAUUAUUAUUGUUAUUUAACCAAAUGGAGCAAUUAACUGAAUUUGUUAAUAAAUCAAUGACUUGUGAACGUUUAUCUCAAUUGACACCAACAACGACUUCAGCUCAACCAUUGACUUCCCUCAGCAAUUCAUGUUUUACCUCAUUAACAUCCUUUCCUGUUAACUUAAACUCAUCAACAAAUGGCUUGUCCAAUGGAUUAACCAAUGGAUUAACUAGUGGGUUAACCGGUGGGUUGACCAAUGGAUUAUCAAAUGGACUAUCAAAUGGAGUUGGUUUAUCAGCUGCAACAGCAGCAGCAGCAGCGGCAGCAGCAGCGGCUGGCCUUCACUUUCCCACUCUUAAUCCAUUCAUCAAGUCAAGCUCAACUCUCAACCCAUUCAACCUGUUCAAUCCUGCCUUUCAUCGGACAUCAUUGCCCUCAUCAACAACAACCACAACCACAACUACAACAACCUUAACUAAAUUCAAUCGACCACCGGGUCUACCAAGUCCACCUCCGUCUCCACUUUCAUUUAAAGAUAAUUCAAUUCGAUUAACUGUCAAUCCAACUCCCAAUCAUCUAUAUCAUCAUGUUGAACGUCCUGAAACAUCAACCUCAAUUGAAACGGACAAUGAAGACAAUAAUAGUAAAGAUUCAAGAGGAUCUUGUUUAUCACCUGGAAGUUACUCUGCAAGUAAAACAAAUACUGAUAUUGAUAUUGAUGAUAAUGGUGAAAGUGAAACUCCUGGUUUGGAUAAAGAUGUGAUGGUUAAAGUAAAUGGUAAAACUAGUAAAAGUGCAAGUAGGAAUGCAAGUGAUGAGGAUGAAGACGAGUCAAACGAGUCCAACACUGGAGUUAACUCUUUUGCUUCGACUCUUCAAUUAACUUGUAGACAAUCGCAACAAUCAAACAAUCAACAUCAAGGUAAAGUAAAGCAACGUCGAUCACGGACCAAUUUCACUUUGGACCAGUUAAAUGAACUAGAAAGGCUUUUCGAUGAAACUCAUUAUCCUGAUGCUUUCAUGAGAGAGGAACUAUCUCAACGACUUGGACUUUCAGAGGCUCGAGUUCAGGUUUGGUUCCAAAAUAGACGAGCCAAAUGUCGUAAACAUGAAAGUCAAAUGCAAAAAACUGGCUUAAUCAUGUCUUCAACAAGCACCACAAUUGAAUCAUCUCGAAUAGCCCCUUACAUAAACGUAAGCUCAUCACCAACACCGCGACUCUCUGGUCAAUCAACUCCAACACCCGAACGUUUUCCAUCAAUCAUUCCCACUUCAGGAGUCUCAUCACAUUAUUUACAAUUUGCAACUGAUCCAGCUUUAAUUGCAGCCGCUCAUCAUUAUACAGCCGCAGCAGCAGCUGCAGCAGCAGUCCAAGCCAAUUCAGCAAACGGCUUCCUAUUUUAUCCUACUCAUCCAGCUCAUCCAUUUAGUUUAUCAGCACUUUUAGCUGCUGAAAGGUUAAACAAUAAAAACUCAUCGAUAGCUGAACUCCGAAUGAAGGCUCAAAAACACACAGCAGCUCUUGGAUUAUGAACUGAAAUGCAAUUUAGAUAAUCCAAUGACCAACCUUUUACAAUCAACAACAA